CACGCACCUCCCACUGCCUCCCAACCCAAACCAGCUGGACCAGCUCUCCUGGUGCUCGCCUACAGGGCCCCCCCUCCUGCUGCCAGCCAAGUCACAGCCUCCAGGGCACCUUUGGGGAAGCGGGUGGUGGUGGGUUCUCAACUCGGAGACCAAAUCGUGGUGGGCUUCUGGGCAGAGAUGGCCCUGCAGAGUCAGAUGUGGUCUCCAGCCACACCCAUGCCCAUGGCCGAGAGCUCCCUCUACCGGCAGCGGCUAGAGGUCAUCGCUGAGAAGCGGCGGCUGCAGGAGGCGAUCGGCGCUGCGCGCCGGGAGCUGGAGGAGGAGAAACUCCGCGUGGAGCGGCUCAAGAGGAAGUCUCUCCGAGAGCGUUGGCUAAUGGACGGGGCAGCUGAGGGGCCAGAGCGGCCUGAGGGCUCCUCCUUGAAGGACCCCCCGUCACCUGAGGACCAGGCUCAGGCCCGAAUCCGGAACCUAGAAGACAGCUUGUUCACGCUCCAGUCCCAGCUGCAGCUGUUGCAAAGCGCAUCUACAGGUGCCCAGCACAAGCCCUCAGGCAGACUCACCUGGCGCAGACAGGGUCACCGUCCUCUCUCCCAGCCCAUUGUGGAGGCAAGUUCUGCUGGCCACCUUGAUCUGAACAAGAGAGCCUCCCUGCCAGCCGGACCAGUGGGCGCAUUCCUGGAGUCUCCCUCUGAGCUUAGAGACGAGGCUGUUGGGGUUCUGCCACCCCCAGGGCAGGUCCCUGGGGCUGCAGGGGCCUCCUCAGAAGCCAAUGGCCCCUGCCUCAGACCCAGUCCCCCUCCAGGGGGGGAGCCUCAUCAGGGUGUGGCCGCACUGGAGGGGGGCAUGGGUGACGCCAAUGGAGGGGGUGUGGUGCAGGUGGUAUGGGAGGGGCUGAGGGCCACAGAGGACAGUGCCACAGGGCCCACGGGCCCGGAGCUGGAGGCUCAGGUGGAGGAGAUGGUGCUGGAAGCCAUUGGGGAAAGGCAGGAGGCCAGCCGCCCAGAGCUACCAUCCUGGGUGAAGGUGGACAGGGGCGUUGUGGAGGUGGUCUGGGAAGGGAUGGGUGACCCGGAGGGCAGCAACUCAGAGGUGGUGCGGGAGGCGGGUAGGCGCCAGGAAGCCUUGCAGAGCAGCUCACUGAGGCUCCAGGGGGCAGCUUCUGGAGCGGGUGCUCCCAGGGGCAUCCCUGAUGGUGAUGGGCCGGGGGGCUCUGGGGGAGAGGAGGGGUCCUUCAUUUGGGUGGAGAGAGUGACCCUCAGUGAGGAGUGGGAGGAGCUGGUGGUGGAGGGUUUGGACAGGCCCAGGGUGCAAGGGAGGGAGGGAGCAGCAGAGAGCCUGCUGGGGGUGGAGGGGAGGGCGGGGGAGACCUGCGAGGUGGAUAGGAGCCGGGCAGAGGAGCCUGUGGGCACUGGAGAGCAAGGCAGCGAGGAAAAGGCAGGGGCAGAGCUGGACGGGGCCGAGAGGUUGCUGGCCGUGGGGAGGAAGGGAAGUGCAGACUCCUCAGAGCUGGAGAGGAGAGGAGGGGAGGAGAAGCUGGGGACAGAGAGGGAAGGAGGAGUGGAGAAGCCCCUGAUGGCAGUGGAGGGGCCUCUGGGGGCAGAGGAGGAAGGAGGUGUAGAGCCAUUGGCAGUGGAACAGAAAGGUGAGCAAAUGCUAGGGGCACAGAAAGAGGCUGAGGGACCUUUGGGAGCAGAGAAGGGAGAUGAAGAAAAGCUGCAGGCGACUGAAGAUGCUUCGGUGACAGAGAGAAAGGAAGGUGAGGAAUCGCAGUCAGUAGACAGAACAGGAGGUGAGGAAGCCUCGGAGGCUGAGAAAGCCCAAGAGAUCAAGGAAGAUCUGACUCCAGAACAGCAGAGAGAGUCUGGGGGAGGAAAGAAAGGUCAGGCAGAGGAGGUGAGGGAGGGAGGGGCUCCCUUUGGGGCCAAGGAGGAGUUGAGGCCAGAGGAGGAAGGAACCCAGCCCCAGGAGAAGCAGGAAGGCUCCCUGGAGGAAGAAGCAGCAAUGCCCCAAACCCCUGCUGAGGGCCAGGGACCCUCAGGGGACCCUACCCCUCUCCUGGCAGAGACCCCAGCUCCAGAGCAGCCCACUGAGUGCCAGCCACUGCUUCAGGUGGAGGGGCCCAGGGCCAACCCCAGUGCCCACCCUGUGCCCACCUAUGCGCCUGUGCGGCAGUCUGAGCCAUGUGCCCCUCCUGAGGGCGAAGAGGCGAGUGGCCCCAAGCAAAAGACGUGCCAGUGUUGUGUGGUUAUGUGAGUCUGCGCCCUCUGCCCAACACCCAGCUCCUCGCACAGCUACCUCGGCCUCCUGGCACCCAGCUAAGGGUCCCAGGCGCAGACAGGGCACCAUGGGACUGGCCGCAGCCCCUGGGAGCCAGCUGGCCCACACAUCCGCCUCCAUCUGGGCUUCCAGACCCCUUGCCCGCUGCCUGUGACCCUGGCCCCCUUCUGUGACAAAGCCUUUAUACUUGAAAAUAAAACGUGAAAGCAUUUGGACA